GGCUAUGCUAGUGGUCAAAGGUCGUACUGUAGUGGUUCGACUCGUGCUCAGAACUACAGGUGACCAGGCCAGGUGCUUCCGUAGUCCAGACGAAUGCUCGGACUGGUACAGAGACAUUGCAGACAGCUGCAGCCGGGUUUACAGCACGUUUUAUUUGGCGUUUUGCUGAGCAGAUUGUGCUCUAUAAAGGCCCAGGCCAUGAGUGACAUGCAGGCAGUGGUGCUGCAGCAGCCAGGGGGACCAGAUAACCUGUCUGUGGGGACAGUGGCCAAACCUCGACCUCAGUCUGGGGAGGUGUUACUGAAGGUGUACGCUACAGCAGUCAACAGGGCAGACACCCUGCAGAGAAAAGGCUUGUACCCAGCGCCGAAGGGAGCGAGUGACAUUCUUGGCCUGGAGGCUGCAGGGAAAGUGGCUGAACUUGGAGCCGACUGCAAAGGGCGCUGGAAACCAGGAGACCAGGUGAUGGCACUGCUACCAGGAGGAGGAAAUGCAGAGUUUGUGGCGGUUGAUGAGGACCACCUGAUGCCCAUACCUGCCGGGAUGUCUUACCAGCAGGCAGCAGCCAUCCCAGAGGUCUGGCUUACCGCCUACCAACUGCUACACUUCGUGGGUGGGUUACAGGAAGGGGAGACAGUUCUGAUCCAUGCUGGGGGUAGCGGGGUGGGCACGGCCGCCACACAACUGUCCCGACUGGCAGGCGCUCGACCAAUCGUAACGGCUGGCACUCCAGACAAACUACAGAAGGCCAAAGACCUCGGGGCCGUCGCUGCCUUUAACUACAAGGAGGGAGAGUUUGCACAGAAAGUCCUGGAUGAAACAAACGGGAAGGGAGUGGAUGUUAUAUUGGACUGUGUUGGUGCUUCAUUCUGGCAGCAGAAUGCCAGGUGUUUGGCAUUGGAAGGCAGGUGGGUUCUGUACGGACUGUUAGGAGGAGGAAGCAUCGAUGGAGACCUUCUCACCCAGGUUCUUAGGAAACGUAUCAACCUGCUGGGAACAACUCUAAGGGCUAGGAGCAAACAGUACAAAGCAUCCUUGGUGAAGGCAUUCUCUGAGCAAGCGCUGCCUCACUUUGUCUCCUCCGGACCGGUAGAGCUGACACCCAUCAUUGACAGGGUAGUCCCACUGCAGGACAUCGCCCAGGCUCACAGGUGCAUGGAGGACAACAAGAACACUGGCAAGAUUGUUCUGUCUGUCAGGGAAGACGAUCGCGAUGAGCUGUAAGAAAUAGCAGCAUGGAAUCACUCCAUUCAACUUAUGAUCAUAAAAGAGAAUUGUUCAUAUAUAUUAAUUGUCAAAAUUAUUAAUAAAAAUAUGUCUUCCAGGAACUGCGAUGUAAAUGAAGACCUAAUACUAAUAGAUGUAAACUUGUUCAUGCUUUACUUGUUUCAAAAAGAGAGAUCUUGUAGAUAUAGACGUACCAUAACAUAUGUAUAGUACUUGUUCCUCCCACCCUUAUACCUCCUACCCUUAUACCUAGUUUCUAAAAUUUAAGGUACAAUUAGUUUGAAUACAGAAUGCUAAGAAGAGAAGUGAUUAUGAUCACAAAACAAGCAGUAAGGAGAAAGAGGUGAUUAUUUUUUGACAGGGCCUGACUGAAAUUUUCAUGAUAAUCAGCCAGGGUUUGCAUGUACAAAAUGUACAAUGUUGUAGUUCAUCCUUUUCAAACAAUGUCUUAAUUAAAGGUAAGAAAUUAUUCCUACUUUUGUUUGGACUACGGGUAUUUUAGCUGGGUAUGUAAAGUACAAAAUUUUGAAGCUGAUUAUGUUAUAAGGUGUAGUGUUUGAAUAAUUGUAUUGGGGCAAUAAAGACUUUCUUCUUUUUAUCCAUGAUAC